AUGAUCGACUCAGGAUCGGUCGCCUGGAUGAUCGUUGCAACGGCGCUCGUGUUGUUCAUGACGCCGGGGCUCGCUUUUUUCUACGGCGGAUUGGUGCGCGGCAAGAAUGUCAUCAGCACCAUCAUGUACAGCUUCAUUUCGAUGGGGGUGGUCAGCAUCGUGUGGCUCCUUUGGGGCUACAGCCUCGCGUUCGGAACGGCGGCUGACGAAGCAGCCACGGGUAUUAACAACCUGAUCGGCAACUUCGACUUCAUCGGUUUCAGGGAUGUGAGCGCGUCCGAGGGAGACGGCAUCCCGGACAUGCUGUUCGCCACCUUCCAGAUGAUGUUCGCCAUUAUUACGCCGGCCCUUAUUACCGGCGCUUUCGCUGAGCGGUUCAAGUUCAGCACCUACCUGAUAUUCCUUGUGCUGUGGGUCACGUUUGUGUACGUGCCCAUUUGCCACUGGGUGUGGGCAGGGGACGGAUGGAUCCUCGGUAUCGGGGCUGCCGACUUUGCCGGUGGCACGGUGGUCCACAUCAACGCCGGUGUCGCGGCGAUAGCAGCCGCUUACCUGGUGGGCAAGCGCCGCAACGUGGAGCGCGGAGUCGAACCGCACAACGUCCCGUUUGUGGUCCUUGGCGCGGCGAUCCUCUGGAUCGGUUGGUUUGGAUUCAACGCAGGGUCCGGCCUGGCCGCUGACGGAGUAGCUGUCAACGCGUUCCUGGUGACGAAUAUGGCCGCCGCUGUAGCCGCCGUUACGUGGGGGAUCAUCUCCUACGUCCAGACCGGGAGGAUGAGCGCCGUUGGGGUUGCCAGCGGAGCGGUUGCAGGCCUGGUGGCGAUUACGCCCGCGGCCGGCAGCGUCGGUCCGAUGGGCUCGCUCGCCGUUGGCCUGGGCGCAGGGGUGUUCUGCUACGUCGCAGUGCAACUCCGCCACAGAUUCAAGAUCGACGAUGCACUAGAGGUGUUCGCUGUACACGGUGUGGGCGGCAUCUGGGGCGCAAUCGCUACGGCAAUCUUUGCGGUCGGCGGUGUUGGGCUGAUAGACGGCGAUGCGAAUCUGCUCUGGGCCAACUUCAGAGCGGUCGUCGCAACGAUUGGCUGGUCGCUGAUCGUGACCACAAUUAUCCUGCUGGCGUUGGACAAGAUUCCCGGCCUCGGUUUGCGUGCCGAAACCGUUGAAGAAGACACUGGGCUGGACUUGUCUAUGCACGGUGAACGGGCCUACGUAGCAGACGGCGCUGACUAG